UGGAUCUGCUGGGCGGGGUCUAUCUCCAUCCUAAAGCAGAAACGAGUAGCAGACUCUGAACCAGACUGAAACCUUUCACACCUCGCUAUGAUCUGCUGGCUGUUAUUAACUCUGUUCGCUGUGGUGUCAGCGGACCGGCUGCCCCGCAGCUGCGGCACCUGCGACCCGAGCAAGUGCGCGCCUCUUCCGGCCGAGGGCUGCUCCUCCGAGACGCUGCUGGACGCGUGCGGCUGCUGCAAGCUCUGCGCGUCUGGGGUGGGAGAGCCGUGCGGGGGAGCCAAGCGCUGCGCGUCCGGACUCGAGUGCGUCAAGAGCGACAAAGACAAGAAAAGUCAAUCAGGGACCUGGGUCUGCGAAUGCAAGAGCAACUAUCCCGUGUGCGGCACUGACGGCGUGAACUAUAAAAGCGGCUGUGAGCUGAAAGAAGCAAGUGUGAAAGCAGUGAAGGAGAAAAAACCCGAGAUUAAGAUUCAGAACAAGGGCGAAUGCGCUCAAGCACCAGUUAUUGUGACCGCUCCGGGAGAGAUCUGGAACGUGACCGGCUCACGGGUCUUCCUAAGUUGUGAAGCCACCGGGAUACCCACACCUGUGCUCACCUGGAGAAAGGUAUCUAUUAACAAAGAAAAUACCGUUCCACUUCCUGGAGACAAAGAGAACCUGGCCGUCCAGACCCGCGGAGGUCCGGAAAAGCACGAGGCUACUGGCUGGGUGCUUAUAUCUCCACUUACCAAGGAUGAGGACGGCUCCUACGAGUGUCACGCCAGCAACAUCCAGGGCGAAGCGUCGGCUGUGGGCACUAUUCAUGUGGUGGAUUCCAUCAAUGACAUUCCACACAAGAAGGGGAAGGAUGCUGAGCUGUAAGAGGACAUGGCCUCUGACUGAGAUGCUGAAACACUACACCUGUGCACUGAUGACAAGCGUCUAGCACAAUCAAUCACUGCUCUCUCACACCGCCUGAACCACAAACAGCAACUCGCACAUAGGCACUUUAUUCUAUAGAAGCUGUUCAGAGACACAGAUAGACACUUUAGCUCACUCUACAGUUAGUCUGCCCACAUAACUUCAAUACUGUAAAUCGCCAACUGGGAUGACCAUCAGAUUGAUUUUUUUUUUGCACGCACUUAUACACAAGAACACAUUCAGGUAUGCACAUUAUAUCGUUCACUCUUGCAUGCAUGGGAAGGUACUUAAAUAUCUCAUCUUCACUUUUAUGUAUGUUUCGCUUCCCUUUAUUUUUCAAGAUGUUUUUGACUAUACAAAUUGUACUCAUUCCUUCAGUUUUUUUUUGUUUUUUUUUUGUUUUAUGUCUAUGGUUAUUUUGUGCUAUUUGUGCACAAUCUGUGUUUUUAGACUUUUAGCUGUUCCUCCAAGGUUCAGUCAAAACAAAAAACUUAAGACUACUUAAUCUAAAUCAGGGUUUCUCACGUUUUACUAUAAUGGGCCAAAAACUAUACUUAAUUGAGCAUCAUGGGCCGUAAGUAAAUGUUGCAUUGUAUCCAACUAGAUUUUUAUUAAAAUAAUAAGAAAAAAAUACAUUAAAAUAAAAAUAUAAAUUACUAAAAAAGAUAUACAUCAAUGGUAUUUUGUAUUUUUAAUUUUACCUAUUCAAGACCAACUUUGGCCUGCAGGCCCUGGUUUGAACAUCUCUGAGCUAAAUAAAGAUAAUGUCAUGUGAAAGCCAACAUAAAAUACUUUUUUAGUUAAUGCCAUGACAUUUUUGUUAAACAAGUCACAAAUACUGUAGUUCAGAGGAGGUUUUAGUUACAGUUUCUGGGUGAUAAGAAUUGAUACUUUACAUUGGUUCCUAAAUUACCAUAGAAUUAAGUGUUGUCCUAUAAAAGUCUGAGCAUCUAAUACAUCUGUUUAUAUGUUUUGGUAUUCGUAUAACAUUAUUAAAUAAAGAUGCAAUUGAAGAGGCA